UAUUGCAUAAGGUAAAAACAAGCAUGAUUGUUGUUAUAAGUUCACGAUAAUAUAGGCUUUAAUAAGAUAAAAUAUUAGGUAAUCACCGCAAGUAUAUUAUCUGUUUCUGUUUUGAAAUGGAUGUCGCAUAUGCAUAUUCCUAUUUUGAAGGAAUCGAUCUAACAGCUAUAUUUAUAUUUGUAAUAAUAUUUCUUGCAACAGUUUUGUGGAUGACAUGUCCAAAAUCGGAUAUUCCAGGACCACGAGCAUGGCCUAUUUUCGGAAAUAUUCUACUUGUUAGUCAGUUUAAUAGUACACCAAAGAGGGAAAAGUUUGUGGAGGAUAUGACGAGGAAGUAUGGACCAAUAUUUCGAAUGUUUCUAGGACCAUACCAAAUUGUUUUUGUACAGGGUCAUAAACAUUUGCUUGAUGUUCUUUUGAAACGAGGACGAGAAUUUAUGGACAGACCAACCUUAUCCCAGGAAUCAAAUUAUUGCAUCGUGAGCUGUGGAUGUGUCAUUUACCAAAGUCUGAUAACUGUGACCUUGAAUUUAACUUCUAUCCUCUAUGAUAAUAAAACUCAACUCAAUUUAUGUCCUGCUCAGAAAUUUGAUAUUUCAAAUCAAAGGAUUAUCAAGCUUGGUAGUGGAAUUGUGUUUGCUAAUGGAGAUGCCUGGAAGGGUAGGAGGCGUUUCGCAUUACAAGCAAUGCGAGACUUUGGUGUGGGAAAAUCAUCGCUAGAAGAACAUAUUUUAGAAGAAAUAGAGGAAGUCGCAGACGACCUGGAAAAAGGGAAAGGAGAGGAGAUAACCGAUUUGAGCAAAGUAAUGACAAAAGCUAGCUGCAAUGUUAUACAUAGUUUUAUAUUCGGAUAUAGAUACAAACAUGACAACGAAUUACUUCAAAAACUCAUCAAGGCAAUGGACAACAUCUUUUCAGGUCCCGGAACUUUAUCAGCGUCGGGAUUAUAUCCGCUUCUGAAUUUAUUUAUGAUAGACGAUCUUAAGUUGAGGGGCGAAGGAUUGUCUACUCUGAAAAGUUAUAUUGAACAACACAUAACCGAACAUAGAGAGUCAUUUGACUCGGAUAACAUUCGGGACUUGAUAGAUAUGUAUCUGGUCGCUGAAAAAGAAGAGAGUGAACACAAGUCUGUAAUGAAUCCGGCAGCAUUGUUAGCAUCAAUUAUAGAUUUGUUUGCUGCUGGAACUGACACAACUGCAACUACGCUUGAUUGGUCAUUCAAAUGGAUGAUUCAAUACCCGGAUGUACAAAAGAGGUGCCAAGAGGAAAUUACAAAGGUAGUAGGACCAGGUAGAAUGGUUCGAUUAUCUGAUAGACGGCAUUUGUCCUACACCGAGGCUACUUUGAUGGAAAUACAAAGACUGUCCAAUACAUUUUUAUUUUGUAUUACAGGCCCACGUAUCUGCCCUGGAGAAUCGUUAGCACGGUCAGAGUUGUUUCUCUUAUUUUCAAACCUUCUUCAUAGGUUUGAAUUCUCUAAGGUCGAUCCAGAUGAUAUUUUAUCAUUUGAAGGAAUAUCCACAGUAACAACGUCACCAUCGCCAUACCGACUUAAAGCUGAACUGAGAUAAAUCGACGUUAUGUGUGUACAUCCAACAUUUUAAACAAAACACUAUUUAAGAAUACAUAUACAAAUACUUAAUUUCAUGAUAUUUAAAC